CUCCCCAGAAGCACAAUGCUUGGGAUGAGGAGUCUGACCUACAGGAGACUGGCAUCUCGUGGGUUGCAACUGCUGACUACAUUCACGACCUUCAGACCAUUAAGAUCAAGAUUACCUAUAUUCGUCAAUAAAAGGAUUAUUUCGUCGUCCUCGCGCAAAGCUUCCCCACAAGUUGCCAACAUGACAGGAAAUCCGUACCAGCCUCUUGUCUUGGACUUUGGCCGCGUCUGGUGGCGCGAGAUCAUCAUCUACGAGAUCUACGUCCAGUCAUUUCAAGAUAGCAAUAAUGACGGGAUAGGAGAUCUCCGCGGCAUCAUUAAUCGUCUGGACUAUUUAAAGAAGCUUGGUGUCGAUAUGUUAUGGUUGACGCCGAUUUAUGAAUCCCCGCUAGAUGACCAAGGGUACGAUAUAUCGAACUACAAGAAGAUCCACCCUCAAUAUGGGACCAUGGAGGAUUGGGAAGAACUGUGUGAGAAGGUGCAUGAAAAAGGGAUGAAAUUGAUGAUGGACAUGGUUUUCAACCACUCUAGCUCAGAGCACGAAUGGUUCAAAGAGUCCAGAAAGAGCAAGGAUAAUCCGAAGAGGAAUUGGUAUUUUUGGAAAAAAGGGAAAAUUGGCAAGAAUGGCGAAAAGAUGCCACCCAACAACUGGGGAGGUCUUUUUGGAGGUCGUGCAUGGAAAUAUGAUCCAACAACAGACGAGUGGUAUCUCCAUCUAUUCGCAGAAACCCAACCAGAUUUGAACUGGGACAACCCAGAGGUCCGCGAAGCAGUGUACGACACGAUAGAUUUCUGGGCUAAAAAAGGCACCGACGGAUUCCGGCUCGAUGUUAUCAACCUUAUUUCUAAAACACCUGGUCUUCCUGACGCUCCCGUUACGGAACCAGAUCAGUUCGAGCAAAAUGCCAUUCCGAUGUUCACUAACGGUCCGAAAGUCCACGAGUAUAUACAUGAAAUGAAUCUGAAAGUUCUUCGCAAAUACAACUGUUGUACUGUUGGAGAGAUGCCAUGUGGAGUGAGCCAAUUCGAAGCAAGUCAGUACGUCGGUAAAGAACGACGAGAGCUGUCCAUGGUGUUCCAAUUUGACCAUAUGGACCUCGACGGUCAAAAUGGUAAUAAAUGGAAACCUCGCAAGUUCGAGCUGCCUGAACUUGAAAGAGUUAUGAGAAGCUGGCAGCAACACAUGCUAGGGAACAAUGGCUGGAGUUCUCUGUACCUGGAAAACCACGACCAGCCUAGAGCCGUCUCACGUUUCGGUAGCCAAGACCCAAAGUAUCGGGUGAUAAGCGCAAAGAUGCUGGCAACGUUCCUACUAACGUUGAGAGGAACUCCUUUCUUGUAUCAGGGGCAAGAGCUCGGCUUUCCACAUCCCCAGAAAUGGAAGAUUGAAGACUACCCGGACCUGGAGACCCAGGCGUAUUACAAAAGCGAAUAUGACCGUCGGAAGGCCGCGAAUCCAACUAAAGAGCCAGAUAUGUCCGACGUUAUGCAUGCUAUCCGGCUCAAAGGUCGUGAUAAUGCGCGCUUCCCUAUGCACUGGGACAAGAGCCCAAACGCAGGUUUCUCGGCCUCUAAUGUCAAACCUUGGAUUAAAAUGAACGAUGAAAGCGCCGACAUAAACGUCCAGCAGCAAGACGGAGACCCUGAUUCUGUUCUGAAUUACUUCCGCAGGCUGCUUCACAUGAGAAAACAACAUCCAUUGAUGUGCUAUGGUGCAUAUGUUCCCAUCAACCCUACGCAUCCUAAAAUAAUGUCGUUCCUCAGAGCCCAGGGACCGUGGAGCACCUUGGUAAUAUGCAAUUUCUCUACUGAUGACGUAGAUUACGUCGUACCGGAUGAGAUAGACAUAGAUUUGGCAGUACCGAUAAUUGCCAACUACCCUCUUGAGGAGUCCAAGUUCCAGAGAAAGACAUGCUUAAAACCAUACGAGGCAAGGGUUUAUUCUCUCCGGAACUGAAGACAAAAUGCAUUUUUGGCAGGUUUUAUACUUCAUUACCAUCUAUACGAUGGAAAGCCAGAAAUCCAAAUAAAUAAAGUAUUGAGCAUAAUAUGCACCA